AUGUCUUCCACUCAACUAUCUCGUCACGAUCUUUGGUGGAAUGGCCCUCCUUGGCUGUCUCUAGCUAAUUCACAAUGGCCAUCUCUCACUCCUAAAAUCACGAACCCGAUACUAAAGGAGGAAAGACCAGGAUCAUCAUUGUUAGCCAGGCCUCGUGAUCACCAACCAUGGGACUUGUUAACCCGUUACUCGUCCUUGAAACGCCUUUUGACUAUCACUUCGCUCUGUCAGAAAGCAGUGGACAAAUUCAAACGUCAACCUUCAUACUCAAAAUCAACAUUAGAUCACGAGGAUUAUGAACGUGCUCUACUCUUCUGGAUUCACUCAACUCAACAUGUCUUCUUUGCUGAUACCAUUCAUGAUCUCUCCAAUGACCUCUCCUUGUCCAACUCCAAUCCUCUGCUUCGCUACACUCCCUUCCUUGAUCAUAAAGGUACCCUAUGUUUGGGAGGCCGACUCAAACACUUCUACCUUGACUCCAAUGCAAAACACCCAAUUAUUUUACCAAGACAUUGCCCUCUAUCUGACCUUCUCAUUGCAGAUGCACAUGACCGGACGCUCCACGGAGGUACUCAAGUAACCAUGGCAACCCUGAGACAACGCUUUUGGAUUCUUGGUGGUCGAGCUUUCGUUCGCUCCCAUAUCCUAAAGUGCAUCACUUGUGCCAGAUAUCGAAGUAUUAGAGCUCAACAACUCAUGGGUCAGCUACCGACUGUCCGAGUCACACCUUCUCGACCUUUUCUACACACCGGAGUGGACUACGCCGGACCAGACGUUCUCAAAACUCGUUUAGGUCUUGGCGCUAAAACGUAUAAAGGCUGGCUUGCCAUAUUCACGUGUUUCUCAACAUCUGCCGUCCACUUAGAAGUCGUCUCGGACUAUUCAGCCAAUGCAUUCCUGGCUGCUUAUCGACGACUAGUUGGUAGACGUGGAAUUUUUCAAGUUCUAUAUAGUGACUGCGGUACUACUUUCCAAGGAGCAAACUCUACAUUAAGACAAUUAUUCUCUGACGCUUCUCUAGAUCAUGAUCAUCUCAAGCAACUUCUCUUGAACGACGGCACCUUGUGGAAAUUUAACCCUCCCGCAGCCCCUCAUUUUCGAGGUAAAUGGGAAGCCGCCGUUAAAUUGGUUAAGUUUCACCUCAAUCGCACCAUUGGAGACACACCGAUGACCUUUGAGGAACUGACCACUCUACUGAUACAGAUCGAAUCUGUAUUAAAUUCGCGGCCGUUAUCAGCCCUAUCUGAGGACCCGGACGAUCUCAAAACACUCACGCCUGGGCACUUUCUCAUUGGACAAGCUCUCAACACGAUCCCGAAACCUUCACUACUCGACAUCUCUACUUCACGAUUAGACCGCUGGCAAUUUCUACAACAACGUUUGCAAUACUUCUGGUCUCGUUGGUCAUCGGAAUGCCUUCAACGUCAUCUCUCAAGAUCAAAAUGGUUCCAUCAACGCAACGAAAUACAAGUUGGCUCGUUAGUGUUAAUCACCAAUGAACACACACCACCUUCAAAAUGGCCCUUAGCACGAGUCAUCAAGUUACACCCUGGUAACGAUGGAUUAACGAGGGUUGUGAUUAUUCGGUCUGCAACAACUACUCUAAAGCGACCAAUUGCCAAGCUCGCCAUACUACCGCUAACACCACAAGACGACAUCACUGAUUCAACGCAGACCACUCCAAAUUCUGACAACACAGUUGCCAUCGCGGGGGAGAAAUGUUAA